AUGGCUAGUGGUGAUAACCCAAAUGUCCCGAAGCACAUGACGUAUUCAAAAUCUGGCGUACCUGUUAUAGGGGCCUUAAUAGACUAUAUUUACACAAGCAUGGAAUAUGUGAUGCAUAAAUCAUUUGUGCGAGGAGAACAAUUACGUCCUGUAGCCUCAAAAAAAUGUUUAUCAGCUACCUUCAUGGCAUUUGUUUGCUUUUCGUUAGGUUUCGUUUCGAAUAUAAAACUAGAAGUGGUGACCUUCGAUGAGGAGCCAUUACCCAAUGACUUGCACUUUAUGGUUAUGAGUAAAGACGAAAAACUUUACAUUGACGAUAUCGAUGUUACAAGAGUGAUGUGGUGUAUUGAAGCAUCUGAUGCUUUAGUUAUUCUUAUCAGUACUUUACUUAUAUGGAAUUCAUCAAACGUGGUAAUUAUUUUAAUCUAUAUAUCAUUAUGUAUUGAAAUUCACCCAUUGCAAAAUAAUAAUAAUAAGCCAGUUUGC